AUGGAGUUUAAGGGUAAGGUGAAGGCGGCUAAUGAGAUCUUCAAUCUCGGCAUCUCUAGAAAUGCAAAGCCUGUGGAGAAGUUGAACGAUGCUUACAAGAAGUUCAUGGUUAGAACAAUAAGAAGGUCCAAAACAGUUGAUGAUGAGGCAAAGGAGAGUGACUUACCGGCAAGAAGCUUUGGGACUUUAUUGUCUAGGGGAGCUAAAAAUAAUACAGGAAGGCAGGCUUUAGGACCACAAGCCAAGAGAACAAAGCCGAAUCAGUAA